GUGCAUGAGAGUGUGUGCGCUUUCAGCAUUAGGGCCGAACAGAGGUGUCAGCGCAUCCGGACACAGGACAGCCAUGGCCCUGCUCGAUUUAGCAUUACAAGGCUUCUCCAUCUUCGGAUUUAUCCUAUUUAUCGUCCUCUGGCUCAUGCACUUCGUGUCCAUCAUUUACGUCCGUUUGCAUCUCAACAAGAAGGCCACAGACAAGCUACCGUACAGUAAACUGGCUGGGGUCUCGCUGCUGAAGCCCCUCAAGGGUGUGGACCCCAAUCUAAUAAACAAUCUGGAGACGUUCUUUGAGCUGGACUACCCCAAGUAUGAAAUUCUGCUGUGCGUUCAAGACCAUGAUGAUCCAGCCAUUGAUGUUUGUAAAAAGCUUCUGGGCAAAUAUCCCAAUAUUGACGCCAGGUUAUUUAUCGGAGGUAAGAAAGUGGGAAUCAAUCCCAAAAUAAAUAACCUCAUGCCAGCUUAUGAAGGGGCAAAGUACGAACUCGUCUGGAUCUGUGACAGUGGCAUUCGAGUGAAGCCAGACACUCUGACUGAUAUGGCUAAUCAGAUGACGGAGAAGGUGGGACUGGUUCACGGCCUGCCGUACGUGGCAGACAGACAAGGAUUUGCCGCCACAUUGGAGCAGGUAUAUUUUGGAACGUCCCAUCCUCGUUCCUACAUCUCGGCUAAUGUAACAGGAAUCAAGUGUGUCACGGGGAUGUCGUGUCUCAUGAGGAAGGACAUCCUGGACCAGGCUGGCGGGCUGAUCACGUUCGCUCAGUACAUCGCUGAAGAUUACUUCAUGGCCAAGGCCAUUGCAGACAGAGGAUGGAAAUUUUCCAUGGCAACGCAGGUAGCCAUGCAGAAUUCGGGCUCAUACUCCAUUUCACAGUUCCAGUCACGCAUGAUCAGAUGGGCAAAGCUGAGAAUCAACAUGCUGCCAGCGACCAUCGUUGAGCCGAUCUCAGAGUGCUUUGUGGCCAGUCUUAUCAUUGGCUGGGCCGCACAUCAUGUGUUCCGCUGGGACAUCAUGGUGUUUUUUCUGUGCCAUUGCCUGGCCUGGUUCAUUUCUGACUACAUCCAGCUCACAGGAGUACAGGGCGGCCCUCCAUCCUUCUCUAAACUGGAUUACGCUGUGGCCUGGUUCAUCAGGGAGUCCAUGGCAAUUCAGAUUUUCUUGUCCGCAAUCUGGGACCCCACCAUCAGCUGGAGGGCGGGCCGCUACCGAUUGCGCUGCGGCGGUACAGCAGAGGAGAUCUUGGAUGUUUAGCGGACCAUGUGCCAUGGACAAUGCACUGGUGGCAAAAAAAGAAAACUGAACUGCAAGAAAAAGCAGAUGGACAAAUGGACUGUAACUGUUUUAUUCCAAAUUCAGAAUUUUAAUCUGUGACUUUAGGUAGCUUCAAUAGGUUAUUUAUGUUCUUGGUGCUUUUGUUUUCAUGCAAGGACCUUGAAUUCUAGAUGAGCCAAAAUGUAUGAAGUAGUGGCGAAGAGAAACGAGAAACGGAUGUCUGGUAAUGUGGCAGCACUUCGAUGGGACAUCAGAUUCCUAAUGAAAACACAUGUACAUUUUAGUUUUUUAGUUUUAAAUGUCCUGGCAACAUGUCUAGUGGUGAUGAAUAACUCAAUGUUACAUAUCCACUUUAUCAUGUGUUAGGGUCAGUGGUACGGCUUUUAAUGAUCGUAAUUAUCACAAAAGUGAUGUUGGACUUAAGGAAUAGUUCACCAAAAUUUCAAAUGAGCUCAUUUACUUGCCAUCAUAUCAUUCCAAACCUGGUUUUAUUUCAUCUGUGGAACACAAAAUGAGAAAUUAAGGAAUGUACCAGUACAUUUUUUAUGCAAAAAAAGCUUUGAAGCUUAAAGUAGCAAAAGAACCAUGAAUGUGGAUCAUAUGUCCAAUAUUACAAGUCUUCUGAAGUCAUAUGAUAGCUUUGUGUGAGGAAAAUACUGAAGAUCUUGACAUUCGUCCUAGGUCUCCUCGACAGUUCAUGAGUGAUGUCCGGAUCAGAAACAAAACACUCUUGAGUCUCAAUUUUUUUCAAUAAAUUGGAGGAUCUGGUUUAAUGAAUUGUUUACAAGUCGGACUUCGAGAUUGUUUCUUGAGUUGAACUUCAAUGGGUUGCUGCAGUUCUUUAGUUAAUCUUCGCCCUCCAUUGAGCUGUUUAAGUGAUUCAUGACUUGAUUUUGACCUAUGACCCAUUGUAAUGCACAGAGCAGAUCAGGCAGAACAUUCUUCAAACUUCCUCCAUUUGUGUUCCACAAAAGAAAGUUACACAGGUUUGGAGCAAGGAAUUUCCUUUAAGACAAUUGACUGAAGCGUUUUGAAUGGCACUUGCCUAUGAAUGGAUCACUUGCUUAUCACAGUGUUGCUCUCAACAUAUAACAGUCUUGCCAUAUUUUAUAAAUGUGUGGACUUCUGAAUGCUCAAAAUGGAUCCACUCAGGUCCAUUUUAUGUUUACUAGGCAGAGCAAUAUCUUCUAUAGUGGGUGAGGUUAUACAGCGGGAACAGAUAUUCGUGUACAGUUACCAUUGAUCUUUCUUCGAAACGUUGCUACGCUUGUAAAAUGCUUAAGAAAAAAUUAUUUGCAUCCACCAUACAGUAUUUAACACAAGGUAUAUGGUUUAGGUUUAGCCAAGUUACUCUCAACAUUAUAUUUGCAAAUAUAAUUGCAUAUCUUAUAAAAACAUAGUGCCAUUUGAAGAGCAAACAUUUUUAUCCUUAUCAUUUUGGCAUUUGCGAAAACACCAUGGUUUUUACCUUUUCUUGUAAGGCUUUACCUUCCCCUGCUUCAUUAUCUCUUGUAUAAAUGCACUAGUCGCACUCGUUCCAGGACCAGGGUGUGCUAAACUCACGUUGGCCAUUUCCCUCCUGUGCCGUUGUUUGCCAGAGAAUAUUUUCCUGCAAAUGUUUUGACUUUUGUACUGGAUAGAAGUAAAAAGUUACUCUAAAUUGUCUAAACAUUUCAUCCAAUGGCAUUUCAGUUACCCGUUUAAGCUGAUUUUCAGUGUCGUGAUGCAAGAGCUUGAGAACUUUGUUUAUAUGCUACUCAAUAUUUUGAGUUGCCGCAAUUCGGCAUCGAGGAAUAUUUUGCAAAACAAAAUGAAAAUUCUGUCAUUUAUUCACUGUCACAUUGCAUAGAAUUUGGAAUGAUAUGAGGAUGAGUAAAGACAGACAUUUUUGGAUGAAUUAUCCCUUUAACGUUCCCUUUUAAGGAAAUAAUUGGCAUACUACUCUCUCUCAUCUUCCCCUUUUUGCCCUGUAGUCGUAUUUUAAGGAACUGCUUGUUUUAGUCAAGCCCUGUACAUAGUGCCAGCACUAUUGUUGAAAAACCACUCGGUCUGCAUUGUCCUCAUUCUUUGAAACUGUCACUUGUCUUAGUGUGUUCGUGAUUCACUUUUUCAUCAUACCCAUGCCAACACUGGCAGGAUUGUUUUACACAUAAUCUACUCAUUCACUGGGAUUCUCAAACCGUAGUGAGUGAUUCAGGGCAAACCUAUAUGAGCCACGCGCAUGUGCCUUGAUAUAUUCCAUCAGCUGCCAUUUACAUUUCUCUUUUCAGAGUUAUUAUCACUGUUUUAGCCCAAUGCCAAACUCUUGAACUAGCAUAACAAGUAUUGGUUUGCCAUUUCUAAUUUGAAUUCAUUUGUUCUGGUGAAAUCUUUCAGCUGACUAUUGGAAAUAAACUAAUAAUUGUAAUUGGUGUUUUGUGCGUGAGGCCAGGAAAAUUGUCAAUUGACUGUAACAUGGCAGUUGAAGGAUUAAGAGGUAGGGAUUAAUCAAUCAGCAAUAAUGAGAUUAUGUUUCAUUUGAACAAGUAAUAUUAGGUUCAAACU